AAUCCUUUAUGCACCUUCUUGAACAAUUUGGAGACUUCAAAGCAGACGGUCUGCAUCAGAGUACGAAUGUACACAAGGCCAGGGCGCAUGAACUCGAAUCCGAUGCUGACACCAGUGCGAAUGUACCCCUUCGGAGUCUCGAAGUUGGCCAUGAUUAUGGCUUUGUUGAUGACAUUCGAGUUGGGGAUUGUUCCAUUGACUACGGUUGAAGAGGUUGCGUUGGUUGAUGACACCGUGCAAUUGACAGAACUGUUCUUCACCGUUCCAAGGUCGUCAGGGAGAGGCCGAUAUCCGACAAUGCGUUCGACGUUGAUGAUGGAACCGUUGAGCGCAAAUGUGACUGGGAGAAAGGUCGUCAAUGGUGUGGUACACCCGUUUGCGGUGAUUGCUGCACCAUUUGUGGCCGGACGAGAGUACACAGUCGUAACUGCAGUGGGUGUUUCAAAAACGGUUGCCGUUGAAGUGUAUGAAGAUGCGAACUGCUUGUUUAUAUCUUCAUAUAGCUCGUCGCCCCUUGAUCUUUUUGGUCUGCGCAAUCUGUGGAACUGGAAGGCUACGACGGUGAGCAUGGAGAUGCCGCCGCCUGCAGCGAAGACUCGCAAGGCAUUUGGCUCGUGAGGGUCAACGGCCAGGAUCCCGGAAGAUGAGAGGAGGAGGAAGAGGAAGAGUAUGAACAGGUUCAUUGUUGCGGUGUUGGACUGUUUGCCGUUUCAGUCUCGGAUGAAUUUGAGGUUUGCGGUUCAAGAAUGAAAUGAUGAAUUUGUUUGCUCUGCAGACUCUGGCGUCUUGCAAGAAAUGAAGAGGCUUCAACUAUGCGCAGAUAAUCAAGCGCCAGUAUCCCUCGAUUCUUGUGGAUUCGCUGGGACGGUGUGGAUGAUGAGUGUUUUGAAGGAUGCGAGGGUGAGCAUGAGAAGGAGGAAGGGAGCAACAAAGAGGGCUGGCAAGAGAUUGAGGCAUUGGGACAGAGAGGCAGUGAAUAGCAGUGUUCACUUGGCUGGGAAACAAUAGUAGUGAAUACAUCAAUGGUGAGGCAGUA